UGACGGCGCGGCCAUGUCGACCGUCUUCUACCUCCUCUCCACGCUGGGCGGCUACCUCCUCACCUCGGCUCUGCUGCUGAAAUUCCCGGGCUUGCUCCACCGGCCCAAACGCCACCGGUUCCGCUGCCGGCACAUCUCCCACCGCGGAGGUGCCGGAGAGAAUCUGGAAAACACCAUGACGGCAUUUCGUCAGUGCCUGAUUGCUGGUCUCCUCCUGAGACUGCUCUUCAUCCAGGGCCUCCAGAGUGGCACCCUCCCGUUCUUCUUGGCAUUUGUCCGCGCAGUCGAUGUGGGGACCGAUAUGCUGGAACUUGACUGCCAUUUGACAAAGGAUGAACAGGUUGUGGUUUCACACGACGAGAAUCUGAAGCGGUCGACUGGGAUGGAUGUCAAUAUAUCAGACCUCAGAUAUUCAGAACUCCCUCUGUAUCUCUGCAAAUUGGAUGUAACUUUUCAGAAAGCAACCAAAUUCUGCUUGUGUACAUCAGAGUGCCAGUGUGAAGGUGAAGACAAGCGUAUCCCCCUCCUCCAAGAGGUGUUUGAGGCCUUUCCCCACACGCCUGUCAACAUAGACAUCAAAGUAAACAAUGACCUGCUGAUUAAAAAGGUUUCUGAAUUGGUGAGCUGUUACAAACGAGAACACUUGACGGUUUGGGGCAGCGUCAGCCAUGAGGUUGUGGAGAAGUGUCACAAAGAGAACGCCCACAUUCCUAUCCUCUUCUGCUUGCGCCGUGUCCUCCUUCUCCUUGGCCUCUUCUACACAGGCCUCCUUCCUUUCUUUCCGAUCAUGGAGGACUUCUUGGAGAUCCCAAUGCCUUCCAUCAUUCUCAAGUUGAAAGAAUCAGAGAAGAUCUCCAAGAGCCAGCGAUUUACCAUAUGGCUUAUUGACAUAUUGUUAAUGAGGAAAACGUUAUUUGACCACCUCACUGCUCGAGGAAUCCAGGUGUACAUCUGGGUGCUAAAUGAAGACCAGGAAUACAAGCGAGCGUUUGACCUGGGGGCAACUGGUGUGAUGACCGACUACCCCACCAAGCUGAAGGAAUUUCUCCACGCCUACCCAGCGUGAAGCGAAGCAAGGCUGGUUCUUCAGAGGAGAGAAAGAAAGAGACCAAACUCAACCCGGGAGGUCUGCUCUUCGAUUUGAGUUUUUCAGCAAACGUCCACCAACUGCAACACCACACUACAGCCUGGUUUCAAUUACCUCAUCCUUAAGUCAUUGCACUGUAGAGAUCGUCCGUAGCCGUAUUUAUUUACGGUCCUCAAUGGCGUGGUUUACUGUCUCUCCUUCUUUGUAAAUAGCUUGGUUAGUGGUCAUAUCCUAACUUUAUAGGCCCAUCUCGAAAAAGGAUCCCUUCGCAAGGCCACGUGAACAGCUGGGGGACGGGAUCUCCCCUACCCCUUGCUUGAUUCGCCAAGCUUGGGUGUCCACCAAGCUUGCACGCAGAAAACUUUCCAGCGAGGCCCUUUGCGUUGAAGGCACAAGUGUUUUCUCAGUGCGUUGAAAACGGAUGGGAUGGUCAGUGACAGCGCCCGGGACAACUGUCCCUUCUAAACCAUGUGGUCUGUGGCCAGUAAGUCCUCGUUGGAUUUCAAAGGUGGCUUUGGGAAUCCUCUUGAGAACAACUUCUUCCUCGUUUUGUCAUUGUUGAAUCAGUGGCUGUUUCUAGUAAGUUAGGGCAGGAUUUCCCAAGCGCUAGUACGUUAGAUAACUUCUAUGUGUGCUUGUCCCAACCUGAAUCUAGGUCCGUGUUUCUCAACCUUGGCCGCUUUAAGAUGGGUGGACUUCAA